AUGGACGACUAUUUGAAAGAAGUGGAAGGCAAAAGACUUCACGAUCCUCUGAUCCAGAAGAAUGGAGAGCCGGCAAGACAAAUUAGGGUUCCGGGGCCGCUGAUAGUCGGCGCCGGACCGUCGGGACUCGCCGCCGCCGCGUGUCUGAAGCAAAAAGGAAUCCCAAGUUUGAUCCUUGAGAGAGCCGAGUGCGUAGCUUCGUUGUGGCAGUUCAAGACCUACGAUCGCCUCCGCCUUCAUCUCCCAAAGCAAUUUUGUCAGCUCCCACUUAUGCCCUUCCCCUCCAAUUUCCCCACUUACCCAACAAAGCAACAAUUUUUGGCCUAUUUGAGAGCCUACGCCGAGCAUUUUGAGUUGAAGCCGGUGUUCAAUAGCACGGUGACGGCGGCGGAGUGGGAUGAGGGAUGUGGGUUUUGGCGGGUCAAGGCUGUUCUUAACUGUGGGAAAUUGGGACUCAAGGAAACAACAGAAUAUGUUUGCAAAUGGCUGAUUGUGGCAACGGGUGAAAAUGCUGAAGAAAUUUUUCCACAAAUUGAAGGGUUGGAGGAAUUUGAGGGCCCCGUUGUUCAUACUAGUUCUUACAAGACUGGUGGAGUGUUUCGUGGGAAAAAAGUUUUGGUUAUUGGAUGUGGGAAUUCGGGUAUGGAAGUUUGUCUAGACCUCUGCAACUUUAAAGCUUCUCCACAUCUCGUCGUUCGCAACUCGGUGCAUAUUCUACCCCAUGAGAUGUUGGGAAGAUCAACUUUUGGAUUGUCGAUGUGCUUGCUGAAAUGGCUCCCCAUGCGCUUAGUGGAUAAAAUUCUUCUCUUUGUAUCACAUUUGGUACUUGGAGACACAGCCAGAUUGGGGCUCAAUCGCCCGAAACUUGGCCCUCUACAGCUCAAGAAUCUGUCUGGAAGAACCCCCGUUUUAGACGUUGGGACUUUGGCAAAUAUCAGAAGCGGGAAAAUUAAGGUUCGCCGAGGAGUGACGAGACUAAGCCGCUGCGCCGCCGAGUUCGUCGACGGCAGUGUUGAAAACUUUGACGCUGUCAUUUUAGCCACUGGUUAUAAAAGUAACGUCCCCUCUUGGCUAAAGGAAAGGAGUAUGUUCAGUGAGAAAGAUGGGUUGCCAAGGAAGCAAUUUCCAAAUGGAUGGAAAGGAGAAUGUGGAUUAUACGCAGUUGGGUUCACGAAGAGAGGGCUUCUUGGGGCAUCAAUGGAUGCGAGAAGAACAGCACAAGAUAUUGAGCUUGUUUGGAAAGCUGAGGACUCGGCUUUAAUGCCCUUCACUCACUCUUCUGUAUUGCCUCAAUCACGACUCCAAACCCACGAUUAAAGCAAUGCCUUUUUAGUUUACAAACACAAAAGUGCUGCACUUUCAUUCUUGCUUUUGUCACUGUGGGGUUGAAAGCAAAAAGAAAACUAAGGCAGUUCUCAUAUCCAA